UGGAUAGUUGGCAGGAUGUCGUCUCGGGCGCAGCGCAGUGGGUUUUCUGAAGGCUGCGGCGCGUGCCGCAUGCCAACACCGGCGGUGACCUCGUACGACCCUAUUAAAACAAGAUACAUCGUCAAUCCCACGUAGUCAACAGAAGACGCCAUGAGGUUCAUCUACACGUGUUUGUGCUUCGCCUCUGUGCUGAAGAUCGUCCUGCCUGCGCCGGCGGACGGUUUCGUGUUCCCGGAUGAUCGGAGACGGGAAAAGAAGCUGGAGCCAGUGAUCACUCCACCUGUUCUGCCCGUUUUGGAACAUUUGGAGCGUGAUCCGAGUACUCUACUGCCUCAUGAGAGACGUGCUGCGGGGCCUGGUCAAGUGAAGCCGAGGUUUGGCUUCGGUGGAGGUUUCAAUGUGGCUCCUUCGGGGACUGGAGGACUAACAGCAAGUGUAAGCAGCAGUGCAAAUGGUCUUGGUGCUAGUCAGUCCGCGUCCCAGUCGUUUUCGUUCGGGUUCAACGAAGGGUUCAGCGCAUCACACUCCGCCAGCCAAGCGUCAUCGUUCAAUGGAUUUGGAAGCGGCUUCAGCGGCAGCCAGGCAAGCAGUCAAGCGGCUUCAUUCAGCGGUUCUGGAAUAUCAGCAUCAGGUGCUGCUUCAUCAGCUUCGGCCCUAGGAGGUGGAUUUGGAGGUGGAAGCCAAAGCCAGAGCGCAUCUUCUGCUUUUGGGUUCAACUCAUUGAAUGGAUUCCCACAACAACCUUAUUUCGGCGACGGUCUAUUAGAUGUGAGACACAGAGGCAUCCCCAACUUCCCCUUCCCCAACUUCGUGGGCAGAAGUAAGGGGGCAGGCGCUGCUGCAUUCCGGAGCGGAAAAGCUGGUCCAUCAUCGAGAAAUAAUAAUGACUUUUUGGCGGUUCUAGUCUCCGAUUAAAUACACUAGAUAGUAAUAUUAGAGAAACUAAUAUAAGUUUGGGUAAUGAUCAAAAAGUCUUGAAUCGAGAUUUUAGUCAAUCUACAAUAUUUGUAGGUAUUUAUCUAUACAUUAGUCACUGUUAGAGUAAAAUACAAAUUAUGACAUAACUAGCUUUUGCCCACGAAUUCGUUCGCAUGGAAUAGUGACUUCCUGCAGAUAUUUGAUAUAAAAACUAACCUAUGUCCUUUAUGGAGUUCCAAACUAUGUCUGUACCAAAUAUCACAGAAAUCGGUUCAGUAGUAGAAAAAACAGACAGACAGACAGUGUUAUUUUAGCAUUCA